AUGCAGGAAACCCGGGUAGGACGACGAAGAAGGCGAGUAAUAGUCUGGGAGUGGUUGCUGUGCCGGAGGGAGGGAGGGACCUCCGCCAUCCGCUUCCUGCUGGCCCACCUGCAACCCCUCCUCCCCCCGCGCUACUACCACCGUUCGUCUGCAUGUUGCUGUUGUUGUAGUGGAUAUUAUCGAGCCAGGAAAGUCUGGUGCUGCUCGCUGCUCUGGAAUCCAGGGGAACGUAGUGCGGGGGGUACGAGUUGCUUGGGGUGGCGGACGCGGAAGCAGAGGAUAGGAAGGACGGAGGGGGUUGACCUGACCAGGCCGACGGAUGCUGUUGUUGAUGGUGGAGUUGCAGCUGUAGUUGGAGGAGCUGCUGCUGGUGGCGUAGGAGUUGCUGGGUCGAAGCCGGAUUUAGGGAGUCGGCGGCUGUAUUGGCAGCUAGAGAGAGGUCGUGGAGUGGAGAGAUCUGGACGACAGAGUGGAAUGACCUCACAACGGCAGCACCAUGGGAACUCCAGCCCGCGAGAGAGCAGGGGCCAGCCAACAGGGCACACGAGAGUGACGAGACGGACAGGAUCAGGUGUCUGGCGGCGGUCAGGCUCAGGCUCAGGCUCAGGCUCAGUAGAUAUGGUUAAUAUUUAA